AUGUAUAUAGCUGUAUUGUUCUGCAUAUACACUUGCAGAUUUGUGACGUGUGGAGAGAUCGUUACUCUUGACCUCUCUUCUCCCAGUCCUUCCCUGUUUACCGUAACGGAUCAUUUACUUUAUGGAGUGAAUCAUAGAGCUUUUGUCCCCAAGGAUGGAUGUUCUCUAGUAUCAGUGGUGGAUAACAGGGAUACCCUUUGGACUGCUACAGACACUCAAGAAGGAUGUACAGGUGCCUACCUCUUUUCCAGGGAGGGGUACCCCUCUCUUCUCAGUGUCUAUACAAGGGGUGCCGGAGAUGAGACCUUUUGUUUCGAGAAGGAUGCUGGAGCAUGGAAGAAUGUGAGCAAGCUGAAAUUUGAAACUAAACUUCGCUCAAUGAAGGACCUUUCUGCACCUGCUGGUGAAGAACAUAGAGAAGAAGAAUUUGUAGUUGAGAAGAUAGAAGACUCUCCAAAGGAACCUCCUGCAGAACCUCAAGAUGAUGAGGAUUGGCUAGAAGGCCUUGAGACUUUGCCAGAGGACACUGUGAUUGAUACUCCAAUUGAGGAUGAACAGGUCGGAGAAGAGGAUGUUCAACCUGUCAAUGUUCCUGAAAAACUAUCCAAAGAUAAUCUUAGAGCUUCUCAAGAACAUGCUAAAGUAUUCUCUGAAGAGACUCCCGUAGAGGUCACACCAGAUUCCGCUUUACAGGAAGAGAUGCAUGUGGAUGAACAUGUAGCAGCUCCUAGUGGAGAAUCUACUAGUAAUAUUCCUAAGGAGGAAGUCUCUUCUCAGGUUCCUACCACUAGUGAAGACAAGUUCAAUGUCAAGUACUUUGAGAAGGCAAAUAGAUCAUGGAAAGAGGCUACACUGAAGGAUUUCUUAAAUAAGUCUUAUGAAAUGAGAAACUCUACCUCACAAUCUCCUAGUGAAGACUCUCCUAAUCCUCCUUGGAAACUCAUAACUCCUAGACCCAGUGAAUCACAGUAA